AUGGACCAUUUGAUAGAAGAUCUGACAUGCUCAGUUUGUUUCAACAUAUAUGAUGACCCUCGACUUCUAAAAUGCUCACAUACAUUUUGCAAAAACUGUUUGGAAAAUAUAAUCAGGUCCUCUGAUAGCUAUUUUUGGAGAAUUUCUAUUGGGGCGCUAAAAUGUCCAACCUGCAGAGGGAUUACAGAUGUCUCAAUAGGGGUUCAUACUCUGCCUAUAAAUUUUGCCCUCAAAUCCAUUGUCGAAAAAUUUAAAAUCAACAACCGAUUCAGUGUUCGAACCUGUCCAGAGCAUUUUGGAAACCAGUUAAAAUUGUUUUGUCUGAAAGAUAGAAAGAUAAUCUGUGAUCAGUGUUGUGAGGUAGGACAGCAUCAGGACCAUUCUACUGAAGAACUAGAAAGAGCCUACAGAAAAGAACGAAAGACAGCUUCUAAACUGUUGGCUAUUCUCCGUGAGAAGAAUUUCACAGGUGUAUCCACAGUCAUCAAAGCGCUAGAAGAACAGCUGGAGGAAUGCAAAACAAUUAUUCAAGAAGAUAAGAAGGAAGUGGUCAACUUUUUUGAUAAAACAAUUGAUAUGUUUGAGAAGAAGAAACAAGAUCUUCUCACUGCCCUAAAUGAUCUUAAUCAAAAAAUAGUUGACAUUUAUGCUCCAAAAAUAGAGUCAAUGAGACAAAUACAAGAUGAAGAACUGGAUCUUAUAUCUUUGACCAGUACCACACAAGAUGAAGAAUCUCCCUUUGCAUACUUAGACAAUAUCCAUACCAUAGAAAAAGGUAUGAAAGCUUUAAAAAAGCAGCAACUAAUUUCUGUUCAGGCUGUUCAAAUAUGUCCCAGGGUUGAGCAGAUAUUAAAGGAUCAGUGGUAUAAAACCAGCAUUAUUGAUGCACAUAGACAACCCACUCCAAAAUUUGAAUUCAGGUGCCAUGCCACACGUACUUUUAACUUUUCAUUCACAUGGACUUUGUUUGUGAUGCUUUUAUUUUUUUCUCUAUUGGCAUUGCUCUGUUUGGUCUAUCCAGAUAUACCGUUUACAUUUACAAAUUUGUGUGGAAACUACAUUUUGAAAAUUAUGGAACCAGUUCUCGGAUGUUUUGGGAAUCAGAUCUUUACAGUCCAGUCAACUUCCCAGAGAAUGACAAAACCAUUUCUUGACUUUAUUUCCUAUUUAUAUUCUUUACCCUGCACAUACUUUUAUUGA